AUGUUCGAGGAAUCAUGUCCCCAAUUCGAACGAUAUGCUGAGAAGACGGGGAUACCGGAGUUAGUGGGGCAUAUGCUAAAUAAUGGAAACUCCACCUUGUUUUUCAUGUUUGAUGUGGGCAGUCAACGAUCCAAGCGUGGAUUCACUGUCCCGAAUCCGUCACCUCCAUCAUCCUUUGCGUCACGCUAUUGGAAUACGGUCAACCACUCCGCUCAGAAUCAGGCGAAGGGGUCCCUUGCGCUGUUUGAAAUGGUUUUUCUCAUAAAUAGGAAGGAUGCGUUUAUGGAGAAGAUUGCAGGGAAGGCUGUAGCAGAGGGACAGGGUGGUGAGAGUGAGAGUGAGAGUGGGAAUGAGAAUGGGAAUGGGCGGGAGGGCGGAGCCGGUGUCGGGGGUGGAGUGGCGAAGUUGACUGUUUACCCUCGGUUGAAAGUUCCACGUGUUUUCGAGCCAAUCGAGUCCUCCUCUUGCGCUGGCUUCUUCGCCUUCUGGAAAUACCUCGCCUCUCGACCGUUUCCAAUAGAUCGAUUCUGUCGCUCGGUCGCUCCAGGAGGGUACCCCAACGGUCUCUCCAAGGGAUCGUCGACAAGGGCCCUUUGCUUCAAAGGCUGGUCCAUCCUCCCAUUCUCGGUAUCGAAACUUCAGUUCUUCUACACGUUGAGGAAAAGAAGUCGCGCCACCGAUUCUGUGAGAGAUUGCCGUGACCAGGUGUCGAAUAUGUCCCAUUGUAUUCCCGUCCGAUGGUUCGAUGGUAUUCUUAUCAUGCUGCGGCACGAAUCGGAAGACCCAAGGGAGUUCUCCAAAGGACCAGGCUACUCGUCUAUUUUUUUUACUUGGUGGAUUCAAGAUGGUACAAAUAUGGGAUACAGUGACCGGGAAGGACUCAAGAUCCCAGAGACGCAUGUAUCAGGCGCUGGGUUGAUUCAAGAUUGUUUCCGGACACCGCAUCCCGCAAUUAUACGGUCCAUCCUGGGAUUCGGUAACCUGGGACUCAAUGGCAAGCGAGCCCCAUCUACCUCUCUAAGAGCUCAUGUUCCGAUCCAACUCCCAACCCACCUUGGGAAAUGCAGAACCCCUCAUUUCAUUAUAUCCACUUCGGAGAUUUCACAAUUGCCUGCUGGUUGUGGGUAA